ACUGAAGUGUCGAGCGAGGGGGGAGCGCGGAGAGAUGGGGCGAGGCGCGCAAGAAGCUGUUAGUAUGCGCUGCGGUGCCUUACUGCAGCCCACGCGUCUCAACUAUGGUGAAUUAUGGUGAAAUAUGAGAGACAUGGGAAGAUCCGGCUGCUCCGAAACAGUUGGUCGUUAUGAGAUGACAGCAGCUGGAGAGAUCAGUCAAAUAAGGGCAGGAAGAGAGGUAUAAAGGAAUUGACUCACGACCUCACGGCACCUUGUUUGAGGAGACAAACUGGAUAAACGUAUGUGCCAGCGCACCGGCAGAACCAGGGUGAAUUCCGUGCAUGCCAUACUCUGAAAUACUGCUGUAGAUGGAGAGUUAAUGCUAUGCUGCUUUGUUUAGUGCAUGGAAUCUAUUGUGGCUGACUGUCCAUGAUCCACACAGGAGAAAGGCUGCAAAUGGCUUGAGCAUGUCUGGCACCUGCCACUCCAAACUAACUCAAUCGCGCUUGCCAAUCAACAACAACACUGCAAUGUAGUGUCUGAAUAACCCGAUGCAUGAACUUGGCUGCUGUGUCUCAAAUGAACGCAUAAAAAAAAGUAGUUUUUGCCUUUAAAACGCCAUCAAAGGACUGCGUUACUCCAUGGAAUGGGUUGUGAACAUAAGCCUCCAUUUAUUACUACUGCACAUCAUUGGUGUGUUCAUAUGGAUAUUCCCUAUCAGAAAAAAGACAGUGGCAUUAUCUCGGAGAUAAAUAAGAAAUGCAGUUUUUAGCCAGCUGAAAUACUGUGAUGCAAAAUCCUGAAUGCCAUCACGUUUGAGGCUCGAACAGGUGAUUUCGCUUUACAUGACAUCCACCAGAGCAUGUGUGCUUCCCUGCAGAAACACUGACAGCAACGCCUCCCCUCCACAACAAGUCUCUGCAGAUAUAAGGAUCACCUUUGCUGUGGUUGCAGGCUGCGGCGUAUUGUUCUGACCGGGGGCGUCAUGUUUGUGCUGCUGCAGGCACUUCUAAGAUUUGCUUUUCUUCCAUCUCAACACCAUCGCCCCCUCCGCACGCCUCAACCUGUAGCCUAGCUGCAUCUCAGCAUGUGUCUGCCGGUCACUCAGAUGAGGGAGGUAACUCCUGCAUCCUCACGCCUUGUCCCCUUCUCACACUCCCACCGCUGCGUUGCUGCAGAACCGGAAUUUGGGCUGCUAUAUGGCUGACAGGAAGGAGCUGCUUUCGCUGUGAAAGCUGUCUUUUGACCUGACACUUCUACUGGGGUUUGUGGACAAGCCUUACAGGUGUCAGAGCAAAAAAAGGUGAGAUUAUUGGAUCUUUAUUCCCAAACUGUUGUCUUGUUGCAUCUUUAUUAAAACUGUAAGCCAGUAACAGGUCUAUACCACCUCAUGCAUAAAGCAUUUUCUCUAAAGUUUGACAGUAGUUUACUCUUAAAUAGCACUAAUUUAGAGAGAUGCCAACCAGUUGCUUUGAAAAACAUUACUGUUAACUGAUCAACUGUUCAUGAGAUCAAUGACAUGGUGAUGAUUUUCUUGGCUAAGGGAGGGAGCGUAAGGAGAAAUUCCUCUUAGGGACUGGACGGAGCACUCAGCAUAUAAUCAGAUUCUUUGGUUGUAAUUGAACCCCGUGAGAGCUGAUACAGUAUUACUGGCCAGCAUAUUGAUCCUGCCGCAUGCUCAUAUGAGAGAGAACUCAUAACCUAAUACACACAGACACAAUGGAGCCAAUUCGCCCAAAUGGUUCACCCCCCCCACCCACCUACCCUUCCAUGCUUGUUAUUUUCAACCUGCCCUUGCCUGUUUGCAGAAAGGGCUUGAAAUAACACAUGCAGUUUUUCUGGGAAGAUGUCAAAUGUAACAAAUAUUAUUUCUCUGAAACACGGCUGUGAAGUCCAGAACAUAUCAGCUCUAAACCUCAAUCUAGAUUUUAAAAUCUGUUUAAACUUCUUUGCAUAUCAUAUCUGUUGUUUUCUCUUGUGUCCCCCAGCUCAUCACAGGCAGAUCUGCCCGCACCAGAAUCCAAGAGUGCCUGAAGGCUUUCUCUGCUUGUGGCCCGACGGGGCCCCACCCUAUCUGAACCCUGCAGGUCCCAUCUCCCUCCAGCAUGACGGUUGCUACCAGUGACACUGUGGAUGACGCAGCAGUGCAACCGGGUCAGCCUCAUGACCAGUAUGAUCCAGAGCCAGAUCAUGAAUGCUGUGAGAGGGUCGUCAUUAACAUCUCAGGCUUGCGCUUUGAGACGCAGCUCAAAACUCUCUCUCAGUUUCCAGAGACGCUGCUCGGGGAUCCAAAGAAAAGGAUGAGGUAUUUUGAUCCUCUCCGGAAUGAGUACUUCUUUGACCGGAACCGACCCAGUUUUGAUGCUAUUCUGUACUACUACCAGUCAGGAGGGAGGCUGCGUCGGCCCGUUAAUGUGACGCUGGACAUUUUUUCUGAGGAGAUUCGAUUUUAUGAAUUGGGUGAGGAGGCUAUGGAAAUCUUCAGGGAGGAUGAAGGUUUUAUAAAAGAGGAGGAGCGGCCCCUGCCAGAGAACGAGUUUCAGAGACAGGUUUGGCUGCUGUUUGAGUAUCCAGAGAGCUCAGGUCCUGCUCGCAUUAUUGCCAUCAUCUCCGUCAUGGUGAUUCUUAUCUCUAUAGUCAGCUUUUGUCUAGAAACGCUGCCAAUUUUCCGAAAUGAAGAAGAGGAGAUGUAUAAUUAUCCGUUUCAGUCCAUGUCUAAUGCCACUUCAACCGAUGUUGGCUCGACUUAUUUCACAGAUCCUUUCUUCAUCGUCGAGACGCUCUGCAUUAUCUGGUUCUCUUUUGAGUUCCUAGUGCGGUUUUUCGCCUGCCCAAGCAAAGCUGGCUUUUUUGGGAACAUCAUGAACAUCAUUGAUAUUGUGGCGAUUAUCCCUUAUUUCAUCACCCUGGGCACAGAGCUGGCAGAGAGGCCUGAAGACCGAGAGGCGGGACAACAGGCUAUGUCUCUGGCAAUUCUUCGUGUCAUCCGUCUGGUGAGAGUGUUUCGUAUCUUCAAACUCUCACGACACUCUAAGGGGCUGCAGAUCUUGGGACAAACUCUCAAAGCCAGUAUGCGUGAGCUGGGCCUCCUCAUCUUCUUCUUGUUCAUUGGUGUGAUUCUCUUCUCAAGUGCUGUCUACUUUGCAGAAGCAGAUGAGCCACAAUCCCAGUUCAGCAGCAUCCCUGAAGCUUUCUGGUGGGCUGUGGUUUCGAUGACUACCGUGGGCUAUGGGGACAUGGUCCCAACAACCAUCGGUGGGAAGAUUGUGGGGUCUCUCUGCGCCAUCGCUGGUGUGCUGACUAUUGCCCUGCCUGUUCCUGUCAUUGUCUCCAAUUUUAACUACUUCUACCACAGAGAGACGGAGGGUGAAGAGCAGGCGCAGUAUCUGAAUAUCCCAAGUGUGCCUAAAGCCAGCUCAGCUGACGAUCUGAAGAAGAGCGGUCGAAGUGGAAGUGGAUCCACUCUCAGCAAAUCAGACUAUGUGGAGAUCCAGGAGGCAGUAAACCACAGCACUGAGGACUUCAGACCAGAGGCCAUGAAAACAGGAAACUGCACCCUGGCCAACACUAACUAUGUAAACAUCACCAAGAUGCGUACAGAUGUAUAACAUGAUCAUGAACGCUGCUGUAGAUGGUGUACUUGAGUGGGGUCUACACUGACUGUAACAGACGGAUGAAGGUAUGACUCCUUGUAUUAACCAGCCUAUGCCACCCUAUUUAGGAGUCGAGAGCAGAAGGGUAAGGUUAACUUUGUGAAAAUAUUGACAUAGAGGACUUCAUGUUCUCUGACAUUCCAUAAGUCCGCCACUCGUCUUAUCUAGGACACUGUUAGUGUCUGCAUGGAGAUAGUCUUACCAGUGUGCCAGUAGUCGUCCUGUUCGCAACAGUAGCCAAGUAGUAGCCUAACAAUAAGAAUAUCAAUAGUGUAAGGAAACACUUGCUCAGACUGCUGCGGGGCAAAGAUGCACGAAAAACUAAUACUUAGUUUAACUUUUUUUCUUUAAAUGUAAGGAAACAUAUUAACUUGUGAUCAAUAGCAGACCAUACUAUCAGCAUUCCUAAGAAACUGCAAUCUGCUGCUCUAACUGCCAAGGUCCUGAAUCAGAGAGAAACCAAAUCACUGAUACCACAGCUGUCCUGUCAGGGGGAAAACUGACUUACUGACAGAAAAGUAGAGAGCAAUACUGAAAUAAGAUGAUUUUGGCAAAAGGGUUAUUUGUCAGAGAAAAAGCCAGAGGGCAGGAGAGCUCCCUUGGUCCAAACUAGACAUUAGUCUCGUGUUAGCUCUGUGGAGACCAACAGAUAAAUGGCAGUGCUGUGCCGCAACUCCGGACUACAACAGCACACUUGUUUUUUUUCUGCCAUUUUUCCUUGAUGACAUCUGAGUGGAUUUAUAACAUUUGCACUCCCAGUAUGUCUCUGCCUAAUGGUGUUACCAGCCUAUGCUACAAGAAAUGUUCCUCUCAACAGAGCGAAUGUCUGCUUUUAUAUAAUGCUGUGUGUGUUUCUUUGAGUUAAACUUUUGUAUUGUUUCAGUAAUAUAAUGGUGCAGUUCUCAACUACGUUUUCCUCUUGUUAAGACAGUGAUUAUUUCUCUGUAGUGAUCUUAGUGAGUGCCUGCUUCGUUAGUCUCUGAACUACACCUUCAAGUGUCUCUUCUUCAGUCAUCGCCCAGGUCCACUGUUGCAGUACUUAAGCGGGAAAUGAUGCUGUUCUCGACUUCGUAUCAUUCCAUGUUUUUAGAAAUAGAAACAGCGAGAGCAAAGAGUGCGACUCCAGUUUGUUGUUUUGGUCUGACACAAAAUUAGAAAUGGUUAAAGGCAGCAAAGGUAACUAGUUUUAGAUAUUAAUUAUGACAAGGUUUCAGAACUCAUCAUCUUUAAUCUCUUAAUCUUAAGACUCAAAGCUCUGUGAUUUAUUCAAAGAGCUUAAAAGAAAAAAAACAACUGGACCGCCAGAGCCAUUUUAGACAGGCUACAACCAGGGGUACGACCAAACUUAUUGACUGAGAUGGCCCAACACAUGAAUAAAUGGCACUUAUUUAUCUUUACUGCUACAUAAAUCUAACAAGUAUAAUUAUUUUAGGACUCAGAAAAAAGAUGUUUGUCCUAUGUCACAAUAUGAACUACUUGAAAAACUCCUAUGGUCAAAAAUACUCUUAUCAGACACAUUUUGGCAACACUGCCUAAUAUUGUAUUUUCAACUGUCAGCAGAAGUUUGACAGGCUUAUUCCUCUUCCUCAUAGCUGUUUUAUAAGACAGAUAUGUGAACAUUUUUUCUACAGUUUAAAAUGGCAACAAAAGCAAAUGUAAACGCAAAGACAACCAAAGGCUGUGUCCUAAAUGGAUCCCUAACCCCUAUAUAGGCAACUAUGUGGGGGUUAGCGCCAUUUUCAGGGGUGAUCGAAACCUGAGUGGUCAAUUCCAAUGCCCCAUAUAGGUGACUCAAAAUUUCCCAUAGAGCAUUGCAAAAUGUAGUUACCAUCCAAUGGUCACUCACCGGUGGUGGGCAUCCCGUCAUGCAUUGCGUCUCCAGCGGUAAUUCAAAGAUGCCUCAUGACGAGAGCAAGAAGAGACAUAACCCGAGCUCUAUUUAGUGAUCCGUACAGUUUAGUGAUUUAGUGAUCCGUACAGUUUUUAAAAACAAUUGUUUGCUGCGUCAUAAAGUCUCAUGCACAAACAAUAUUCGACAUGAAAAUAAGGCCAGACGUGGCAGUCUGAGCCGUGACGUCACAACGGUGUGCCAUGUAGUGUCCAAAACCUCUGGUGAUUGAGCUCACUACAUAGUCAGCUAUAUAGUGAAACCCAGUAUGGGGGUUAGGGGUUAGGGAUUGAGUGAUUCAUUUCGGACAACAAACAGCAUGUUGCAAGAUAGUCUAUAUAGUUGAUCUUGACUUUAGGCCCCGCCCUUGACAAAGCAAAUAGCCAAUCACGGGUCAGGAUUUUGGAGUGGCACUUAGAGGUGGCCAAGAGAGGCCCAUGCCACUCCACUAUACUAUUCACACCCUCGUGUAUAACCAGAAAGUCAGUAACAAUACCAGUUAAAUGCAAUGCUCUUAAUCAUCAAAAUAAUGAAUCCCUUCAGCUUGUGAAAGCUUCCCUGAACACUAGGUCAAAAUUACUCAACUUUGCCUGCCUCUUAAAUUUACUGCUUUUUAUUGUACCACAGAAAGUGUUUUAUUUUAAUGAUCAGGCCAGGAGGGUAAAUAUGCAGCUGCUUGAUACACUUUUACCUGUUUUGUAAAGGAUAUUACUUUAACCUCUGUAUUUAUUUCUAAUCUUCUGGUACUUACGGAGUUCAAAAGUCAUUCCAUUGGCUCAUAUUAUCAACAAAAUGUUGGACCACGGCUAAGUGUCCUUCAUAAGCAUUUUAUCCAAUAGAUGCUUUUCUGCCAUCCUAGUGCUGCAUGUCCUUUGAGUAUUCAUUGUAGCAUGAAAAGGUAUGAGUAAUACUUAAGGUGCAAGUUGACAUAAAUAUACUUAACUAUAUCUCUAGAGGUACUAACACUAUGUGCAAUAUACUGUACAAAAUACAAGUAUCUUAUUUUAGAAGUAUGUAUCAAGCUUUGCAAAUACAUCAUUUUUGCCAUUGCUAUCUGAAAUAUUGUUGAAUCAUGAUCCAUAUGAGAUAUUUACCCAGGGGGGUUGUGUUUCUUGGAAAAGAUUACAGUUAAUUGCUGAUGUUAGGAGGAUUGGGAAAAGAGCUGCAGAAAUGAGAGGAGAGGUGACUCCAGAUACAAAAACCUGUGAUCCACAGCUUGGAUUUUCAGUAAUAUCCCACUGCCUUCAGAUUUGAAUCUUCAGAGUCAGUUACAAUCACAACCCAGCGACUGUGUCUCACAGUGAAAGCACAACAAUAUCUGCUGCCAGUCCAGUUGAUACGCAGGGAUUCAAACAGACUGACUUUUUGCUCAGUCAAGUGUAUCAUAAAGCUCAGAGGGACUGUCUGAGUGCCCUUAUCUCUGAUGUAAAGGUCCAUCACAUUUUCUGUACUGUCAUCAGUGGACAUUGACUGUACAGUAUGUGUAUGAGUAAGAGAGAGGGUAGAAGCAGAGCUUUCUUACACAAACAAGCUGAGAAACCAUGAAUGCAGGCUGAAACGGUGCCUCUCUUGACUUCAGGCGAGAACAUCGAUGCUGCUCAAUAUUUUCUAUUUCAUGUUGACCACUUUUACAGCCUGAGAAUAUUUGAACACGUGCAUUCAGUAUAUUAAACUGGGGAUAUUAAAGGGACUUCGCAAGAUAAGCUGCAGUAACUGCCAGGGAUAGAUACCAGGAACUGAAAAAAAAAAAAAAAAAGGUUGGAAGAAAAAUACAGUAUAUCGAUGAAAAUAAACACUGCCCACACCCUCCUUUGCUCUGUACUCUGAUGUAUACUUGUACUUUUCUGAACUGCUCUCUUAUACUGGAACACCUCUGUGACUUUAUGUGUCUUGAAAGCUUCUUCUUUACUGCCAUUUUUUCCACUCUUGUUACCAAGCACAUUAUUGAAGCGACACUCUGUCAGGACAAAGACCCUCUCCUGUAAAAAACAAACAAACAAAAAAAAAACAUCCAACAACAGGACAGUACAUCAGGACAAUGUGAACCAAGGAAAACACACAUUUGCUGUACUAAAUGCCACAGACAAGAGGAUAUUCAACAAAUACCGGACACUGGUGCACAUAGCCGAUGCGCACACACACUGCCCAAACUUACACCUUUGCGGCCACGUCUGCUGUCAGGGCAGAAAAGACUUUUUCUUUUUUUUCACAAACAUCACAACCACAGAGUGAAGAGACUUACUGCUGCUGCGGGUGGUGAAAAUACGUAGCCAUUUAAAAAUGUAUUUAGGAGUUACAACUGCUUUCAAUGAUGUCUUAAAAGCUUCUGCCAUGUACAGAUUCCUUCGCAGCGAGGAGUCUAAUGUGUAUGCUUGCUGAAUUAAUCAAAGAAACUAGAGGUGUAUUGUCUUUGAAUGAUGUCUUGGGUUUAAUAUGCUCCUUGGACUAAAAAAGUGUAUAGAAUAUUAUCAGAGAGGAAAUAUGAUUUCUAUGAGAACUUAAACUUAAUUGUGUCAUUAGACACUGUAUGUAUAAACCAAACUGCUGGUUGUUGUUGUUGUUUUUUUUCACUCUGUUUUUCUAUAUGAAUGUUAUGUUUGGUUCAGCGUUGAGCCAAUCACAAUGCAGGAGCUGAGGUUUGAAUGAAAUACACAUGCAGGCCUUGGUCGAUAGAUUCUGUCUACUCACUCAUUUACCUCUAAACUUACUUCUUCUGCUAUUUUUCAGUCUCAGAUGUGCAUAUAAUACUCCGCUUCUUUCCUGUCCUGUUCUGUCUACUUAUGAUAGUCAGCUGUCUGUAUGAAGACUUUGUUUUUCUACCGUGCAAAGGAAAAAGCGAAGUGAGCGGAUCGUCUAUUGUUACACACAAAAGGAAAUAUGGAUCCUAACACUUGCCACACCCCUUCUGAGGACCAAUGUACAAACAGAUUAUAUCUAUGGAGAGAUAUGUUAAUUAUAAAACUGUAAAUUAUAAUGCUAUUAUGAACAGUAAUCUUGAUAAUAAUGUCAAUAAUAACAUGUUCAUGAUAACCUCAGGCUUCUGUUGUGCUUUUUUUCAUGUGAUUUGAAAUGUUUUGUGAAUAUAAGACCAAUAGGACAGGAGUGGAUGUUAUUUUAACAUUAGAUCAGGGUACAUUUGUGUCACAUCUAAAGGC